UAUUUAUGAAUACCUGCUUGUUCAUUUGAAUUUUACAACCCCGUGUUACGAACGACUUUUCGUACGGAUUUUCACAGAAGGGUUGACAAGAAUUCCUAAAAUAUGGUGCACAAGAGGAUACUGAUCAAGGGUGGAACAGUUGUUAAUCAUGAUCGUAUGUUUGAAGCUGAUGUUUUUAUUGAAGAUGGUCUAAUCAAGGACGUUGGUGAAUCGCUUGUAGUUCCCGGUGGUGCUAAGAUCAUUGAUGCUCAUAAAAAAUAUGUUAUGCCUGGUGGUAUUGACACUCAUACACACAUGCAGCUCCCAUUCAUGGGUACUGUAGCUGUAGAUGACUUCUAUCAUGGCACCAGGGCAGCUGUUGCUGGAGGAACUACAAUGAUAAUCGAUUUUGUUAUUCCUGCGAAAGGAGAAUCCUUGCUUGCCGCAUACGACAAAUGGCGUAAAUGGGCAGAUGAAAAAGUUGUCUGUGAUUACUCAUUUCAUGUUGCUGUUACAUGGUGGGGUGAGAAUGUUGGUAAAGAGAUGGAGGUUCUUUGUAAAGAAAGAGGAGUCAAUUCCUUCAAAACGUUUAUGGCUUACAAAGGGGUGAUGAUGACUACCGAUGAGGAGAUGUACCAUAUCUACUCAAAGUGCAAGGAUAUUGGAGCCUUGGCAAUGGUGCAUGCAGAAAAUGGUGACUUGAUCCAUGAGGGUUCUAAGAAAAUGGUGGCGCUUGGUAUCACAGGACCUGAGGGUCAUGAAAUGUGUCGACCUGAGUGGGUUGAAGCAGAAGCCACCCUUCGUGCUAUCACAAUUGCCAGUCAGGUCAACUGUCCAUUAUACGUCGUUCACGUGAUGAGCAAGAGCAGCGCUGAGGUGAUCGCCGACGCUCGCAGACGAGGCUGCGUGACAUUCGGUGAACCAAUAGCAGCGUGCCUCGGCACGGAUGGCACAAACUACUGGCACAAGUGUUGGAGACACGCUGCCGGCCACGUGAUGGGUCCUCCGUUACGACCCGAUCCGACAACGCCCGCAUAUCUCAUGGAUCUCCUUGCUAACGGUGACCUUCAGUGCACAGGAACUGACAACUGCACGUUUAGCGCAAACCAGAAAGCUUUAGGCAAAGAUGACUUUAGAAGAAUUCCCAAUGGCGUAAACGGAGUCGAGGAUCGCAUGUCCGUGAUAUGGGAAAAGGGUGUGCAUUCUGGCAAGAUGGACGCGUGUCGAUUUGUGGCUGUCACAAGCUCAGAGGCAGCGAAAAUCUUCAACAUUUAUCCACAGAAGGGUCGUAUCGCAGUGGGCUCUGAUGCUGAUGUCAUCGUCUGGGACGCCAAUGCAACUCGAGUCAUUUCUGCAAAGACACAUCAUCAACAAGUGGAUUUCAACAUCUUCGAAGGUUUAGAGUGUCAUGGGGUUGUGAGCACGACCAUUUCACGUGGUGAGGUCGUGUACGAAGAUGGAGAGUUGAAUGUUGUGAGAGGCGCUGGCAAAUUUGUUUCUAAUCCAUGUUACUCAAAUUACGUUUACAAAACAGUCGAACAACGAGACAAGGUCUGUGUGCCCAAGAAAGUCGAGCGAGAGCCAUAUAAUGGUCCCGUCGUACAAAUUCCUCAAGACAAAGAACCCGUCACGCCUCUGUCUCCCGUACAGUAUUCCAAGAAGGACAGGGAGGAGAAGGUGUCACGUGUCGGUCAUAGGGAUCUCCAUUCCUCAGGAUUCUCGCUAUCUGGAGGACAAGUUGAUGAUGACCAACCAUUCCGACCAUCGUCUCGUGUGCACAAACCUCCAGGUGGUGGAUCCUCUUUCUCGCUAGGCUAGGAAAUUGAGGAUUUAUUGAACUCUAGAUUGAGCAUAAAAAAGGAAUAUCUUGUGAGUGACUGUGAAUUAACAAUUUUUUUCUUCAUGUA